AAUAGCAACCCGCUGCUGUCACUAGUGUUCCACAUACUGACAGACGGACGACUACAAUCCCGAAACAACAAUUAGAGGCGAAUUUCAUCCGGCGUGCAGCUGUUUUCUUCAUGUGAUGUCAAAAAAGAAGAGGUAAGGUGAGGCUGUGAGGAGGCUGCAGCUCUGCAAAGAAUGAUAGUGAGGAUCAAGGCGCGCUGUCCCGGGAGAACUCAUCUGAAGAGCUGGCCCUGAGAGACCGGGAUGCUCCUCUAACACACCUGGGGGGCUAGUUUUCCUGUGCAGACGGUCUGUGUGGCGGAGUUUGAGCUCAAGUGGAAGUAAAUGAGUGAGCCAGAGGGAGCGAGUGUCAUGGAAAACACUCGGGGGAGUGAUGUCGAGGAGGACCCCACCUACCAAAACCUGCUGCUCCUGGGAGCCAUCGCAGCAGCGUCCGCCUUUGUGGUCACCAUCCUGAUCGUCCUCGUCUGCGUUGGCUGCCAAAGAAAAAGCAAGAGCAAGCACCCCCCAGCCGGAGAGAAAGGGACAUCUGUAAAUAUGCAGGGUACUCUUCGACAUCCAAAACUAAACUCCAUGAGCAAAUCAGACACCAGGCUUCAUGAGAUCAAUCGCUUUCCCUGCAAUGGAAACUCUGUUAGCAAAAGCCGCCCAGCCAGCAUGGACCUCCUGCUCCUCCACAGCCGGCGCUCCCAGACAGACCUGAGGCCCUCCCAAGGGCGACAGCUUCCCCAGAUCCCAACCAGUCCCCAGGGAUCUAACCAGGGAGGGGGAGGAGGGGAGUCGGGAGGAGGUGAUGGGGGAGGAGGUGGAGGGGGUGGCGGAGGGGAGGCUAGAGAUCACACCUACACUGAGGUAGGCAUACGAAACAACCCUACUCCCACCCACUGCCUGGAUGACGGCUUGUAUGAAAGUGUAGGUGUCCGGGAAGGGGACGCUGGCCCUAAGAUUCCCCCCGUCCCCCCAUCCACAUCCUCUAACAGCACUCCGGCUUCGGUCAGAGCUGCCCAAAGCCCCCCAGCUCAGGCCAAUGGAGGUCGCAAUGGGAACGGGCAUGGGAAUGGUGGCAGAGGGAAUGGUAGGGGCAAUGGUACCAUAAAUGGACCACUGUCAGGAAGAAGUAACGGUGCAAGUGCUAUCAACAGGUCCCCUCUGUCCUCUGUCAACUCUCUGGCCACCCAUGAACCAACUGCAGCUGAGUAUGCCUCUAUACGGAAGUUCAGAAAGGUUGAGAAGACAAACAGGAAGGAGAACAACGGGGCCGACAGCCAGUCAGACAGCCAAUCGAGCGUGAGUGAUUCACCCUCUGCGGCUCCUCCUGCGCUCCAUCGCAGCCAGGAGUUUCCACGGAAACCUCUGGAGCCGUUUCACCUUCACUCCUUCCCAAAGGAGGCAGUGUUCAUGGGCAACGGGGAGCAGUACAUCUGGAAGCCUCCAGAGGAGGAUGACAUCAUCACCCUGCACCCACCUCCACUCCGUGGAGAGAAUGGACAGGGGCACCCAUCACCCCCGACUGCAAAGGAGAUUGCAGACACCUACUCCAUCGUGUGUAAAUCCCAGAAGAAGAAGCCUCCUAUGGAAAACAAUGGAGCAAAGACCCUCCCUCGCUCCUUUGGCGGAGACAGAAGUGCUCGUGGCCGGGGCCGAGGAGUCCAGGGCCAAGCGCGCUCCCAGGAGGAACCCUGCUAUGAGCCGGUAGGAGACAGGUCCUGGUCCACAUGUGCCAUGGCCGAGUCCGACCCGGCAUACGCGACCAUCGACCCCCACCGAAAGCGUGAGCAGGCCGGAACCAAUAACAGCACAGCCGGGGGAAACGCCACACUGAAGAGGAAGAAGCAGACACCACUGCAGCAGCAACAGGCAGCGCCAGUGCCACCUCAGGGCUCAGGACCCACUGGCCUGCCUGUAAAAGGCCUCCCAGGCGGAGAACACUUCUAUGAGACCAUCAGCGAUGUGAAGCAAGGAGGCAACAGCUCCAGCACCACCACCAUCUUCACCUUCAAUGACGGGAUGGAGAUGUACGUCACCGGCCUGUAGCUGGCUCCGAGGGCCGACUGGUACAGAGUCAUGAAAGGGACCCUCCUGUUCACUGGCCAUCAAGCUGCUGUACAUAAAAACCAGACCCUCUAAAGACAAACAACAUGACAAUCCUCUUUGUGAUGACAUCAGGUAUAAACAGGGUCUUAAUCCAGGUUCAGACUUCCCUUCAUUGGUCUGUGCUUCAGAACCAGCCUAAGCCUAGUCCAGCCCAAAUAUGGACCAAAUGUGUUUUAAAUAAAAAAGAAGAAAACUGGAAAAUACAUCCUCAACCUACUGUGUCACUGACAAUACUCACCUGUUUGUGCAUCAUUUUCAUAAUAACUUUAUUUUUAUAUGAACACUGUACUCUUUGUCGAGUAUGUGGUGUAUCUCACAAUCUUUAAUAUCAAGUUAAAAAUAAAUGUGCAUGCAUUGUGCUAACACAAACCUGAAAAAAAACAUUAGUAGCAAAGGAUUCUGGGCAUGUUUGGAGUAUAAGGCACACAGUUAGCUGUUGUCACCCACAUAGAUACACACUUGCACAUAUAUGCCUCAUCUUCAGGGGGACUUAUGUAAUAUAAGCAGAUGGAUGUCACAGAGAUUUGCGCUGCUUAGCUCUCCCUAAGCAAACAUCUGAAACAGGUUCUAUGCGCACACUCGCCUGUUGCCUGGCAAAAGGCAUUGUGGUGCUUUGUGUAAAUGCUGGGCCUGCUUAAACUCAGACGUGAUUAAAUGCUGUAGUUCCAUCAAUGUGACCUAAAUGUAUGAGUAGUUAUCAAUUACAACAUCUGUAAAAAAUGUCUUGAUCAGUGUAAUCUUCUCAUAAAUUAUGAGAUUAGUUAACAACCCCCUCUCAGAUUUGACAAACAUCUGUAGCCAGAGGCAUGAUGACACACCCCAGCACUCCCACAUGCACAUACACUUAUAUACACUUAGGAGAGUCAUGCAGGGUAAAGCCACUAGGCCAGGGCAGUGAGUGGGUUGUUCAAGAAUUUCCCCAGAGGGAUGUGGGUGAUAGAUUUCACAAUGUGAGACCUUUAGUGUAUCAAGAUAUGAAAAUAUAGUUUAAAUAUAUAAAUGAGAGGAAAAUAUUCAAAAAUUAAGGAAGUGAAAGUGUGUCCACAGGCUUCAUCCUGUGCAGUUAAUACUUCAAGUCCUUUGGGCACUGUAAACAUGUGAUUUUAUGACCAUUAUAAUUUUGCACAGGACAGCUGCAGGACCGGCUUAAUUGCGCAUUAAUAUACUUUAAAGGGUGUUUCCUAUUGCAGUUCUGAUUUGCUCUGAUCUGAAGUUAAAUCCAGAGCUAUCUGUAGCUCUAGAGUCAAGAGCUGAAAUAGCUUCAAAAGUUUGGGCUCCAAAGAAAAUAAAGAGCUGGGCAUGAAAUUACCAGUGAGUGUCUUUUGGAAGUUUGCCCCUUGCCUUGUCUCCAGCCUCUGCACUCAGUUCUCUUCCAUUAUAAACAAUGGCUUUCCCGCAUAGCUUUAAGGAACAUUAUAAAAAGAACAGAGGAAGGAAACAAAAUAUUAGAGGCUUGAUAAAGGGACAUGAAUAAAAGAGGGGAAGAAAGAUGCACACUGCUCAUAGGCUGAGAAAUGCAUCCUGAUGAUUGCACUGUGAGUCAACAAUGCAAGGAGAAGACGGGUUUAGAAAGGUUAAUAACACAAAUUUAUAAAUGCUACUGUGUCAGAAAGUAUGUAAAAACAAAAAUGCACUCUGUAUUUUAAUGCACUGUUUAUUUUUUCUUACCUACUGAUAAUACCAUUGGUUGAAUAGCUCAUGCCACUGCCAUGAAAACGAUAUGUUUAUGUUGUUGGUGCAAUUUUUACUGCUUGAUCAAAAAAGUGCAUGCUUUGAUAUAUGGAGAUGAAAACAGAUAUUGUGGUACUUAACUGAUCUCUUGUUUGUUAAUCUUUUCUGUUGUAAUUUUUAACAUGUGAUGCAAAAAAAGCAGCAUUCAGUUUCAAUUUUUAAACUUGGAGGAGGAAGAGUGAGAAAAGAGAGAAGCCACUGGGAGUUUUAGGGCAGAGCUUUGUUUAUCCUGCACUCUGGGGGAGUAAAAAAGAGGGAUAGAGGUGAGGAGGGGGAAGCUGGAUGAAGAUCACUGCAAAUGGACACAGACUCCAAGGACCCUGCUUCUUUCGAUAUAUGUUUGCGUGCUUGCACACACACACACACACUCACACAAAUGCACAUGCAUACACCGACAGGCACAUGCACACUCUGCAGCAUUGAGCCAUGUGUGUUUCCAGUUUAGGGAGGAAAGCACAUUUUGCUCCUAGAUCCUCCCUCCCCCCAGCUGGGUUCAUCCUCCAAUAACUGACACAGACCUCUCUCUUUUCUCUGCCUCACCUCUCUCCCUAGCUGUGCAGGGGAGGGGGCUUUGAUGUCCAAUUCUGAGGGACUCAGGGAGUUCUAUGAGGGUGGUGGGGUGGGUGGGUAGAGGCUGUGGGUCAGGCCAGCCC